UCAUGAAGACCAACAUAAGCUGUAUACAACUAUCCAUAUGUUUGAUAUUUAAGGUAAUUGUUUACUUUGCUUCUUCUGCCAGUUGCCAUGGAUACAUGAAGUAUCCUCCGAGCCGCGGGUCUUUGCGAGAUUUCGGAUACGAGAAUGCGGCCGUGAAUUAUGAUGUACAUGGCCAGAACUGCGGAGGAAAGUUGCGACAAUGGACAAAAAAUAGCGGGAAAUGUGGUGUGUGCGGAGAUCCGUAUGACGUGUAUCCAAGACAACACGAAGCCCCGGAUGGAAAAUUCGCCACGGGCACAAUAGUGAAGAGGUACAAUCAGGGGCGACAACUCGAUGUCGAGGUGGUUAUGACUUGGGGCCAUAGAGGAUGGAUGGAGUUUCGGUUAUGUCCCAUUGACAACAAGAAUACCCCUCCCACACAGGAAUGCUUGGACAAGUACCUACUGAGCAAGUCUGGGUCUGACGAAACAAGAAUGGCUGUUGAGGCAUUUGGGAAGAGGGAGAUAAUACGGCUAAGCCUGGACUUACCCACGACCCUCGUGUGUUCCCAAUGUGUCCUGCAGUGGAAGUACCACACGGGCAAAGACUGGGGCUGUGAACCGACAGGAAAGUGUGGUUUGGGGCUCGGGCCCCAAGAAGAGUUCUACACAUGCGCAGAUAUCGCUAUAGAUCCCUCAACCCCUAGAAUGACGACGACUACGACUACUUUGGUUUCCACAACAACAACAACAGCAGGAAAGACGACUAGACCUGUUCCAAAAACAAUAACAAGGACUGUAACAACAACGACCAUACCAUCUCCCACAAAAGCAGCAACAACGACAACGACAUCCACCAGGCGACCAACAACGACUUUAACACCUUCUCCAGCAAUUUCUCAUACAGCCACGUCUACGAGGAGAAUCACGGACCGCACUACUAGAUCCAGAGAGGAAAAUGAGGCGCUUGUGUGGGCGUGCCGAGCCAUUGGGAACAGAGGUCUGUUUUACGACAACUGGUGCCGUGGCAAUUGUAGAAUGCAGUUCUGCCCGAGGUCAUUUUGUAACGACGACUGUCAGCGCCUAAAGCCAUAUUAACAAACUCCUGAAUGCUAUCGGACGUCCGGCAGUGGUUUCUAAACGGUUUACUCUCCUGUUGUUGUACCAAUUUUUUUUAAAUAUAAUUUAUGUCUUAGGUUGACACAGCACUAAAAUUCGCCAUACUAUUUA